GUGGUUGGUUUAUGCCAUGCGCUUGUCUGACACUGGUGUGAUGAAAAUCAUUUUGAAAAAGGUGUUCUCGGUGUGUCUCUGUUGACAGUCGGAUCUUGACUCUCUCUAUGGAGGGGUGAGAGUGACGCCGAAUGCAUUUGUUGUGUGAAUUAACUUCACAGCAUGUUGUGUGUUGAGUAAUGCGUCUGAAUUUGUUGGCUUUUAUAAGUAGUGGUUUGCUGGUAAUAACCAUAACAGUGACAAAGUCUCUUAUUUUUGAUAUUUGAUCCUGAGUUAGAAGCCACUGGAACUUUUUUAGGCGGUUACGAAUGUCUUCAGUGUUGCAAUUGUCAUCACUUUUAUGAGUGAAGUUUAAAUGAUCUCUCAUUGACUUCAAUAUGAUAUUUACUAGCACCACCAAAAGCAGACAGCACUUCCUGUUUCUUUAACAGGUCCUUAAUCAUUUUCUCUGUCUUUCAUGUCCUCCUUGCUUGAUACUUCUCCUUGUUUUAGAAGCAGUUUUUCAUGCUCUGAAAGUUCAGCAGUCGAGAGCAACAUGCGCUCGUUUUUGCAGGACUUGAAGAGAUGUUGGGAACCCACUGGUGUUUUGCUUGCUUCCUGCCUCUUUUGGCUUCUCUAUAUUUGAAAAGCACUUUGCGCCACAUCAUCUGUGAAUGUGAAUGAAAGAGUCAGUCAGUCAACAUGUUAGGAGCUUUAGUCAGUUGUAGGAGGAUCAUUCCACCGUCAUUCUCAAGGAGACAUCCAUUGUCCACCUGUCUCACCACUUGUGUAAAAUAAAAGUGGAUCGAUUGUGUAUAAUGUGACACAGUGUUCCAUUUGAUAAACUAACAAGAUGAUCCCUUGCAUGCAUCUGUGAGUUUGUGUAGCAAAAAUGAUCCUAAGCCGCACCUAUCAACACCUGAAAGUGUGAUCUUUUUCAAGCUUCAUGUGAAGAGCAUGCAGUUUCUUUGGCCACUUCAUGUAACAGAACCAACAUCCAGCCCUCCCUCCUCUCUGUCUUCCUCUCCAACAAGGCCUCAUCCACUCACUCUCACAAGAAGUCAAAGAAAAAGAAGAAACACAAACACAAAGACAGAGACGUAUGUAUCUGAGCUUAUCGCAAACAGAAACAAGAUUCCAUCAGAGCAUUCCUCUCACUCCUUUUUUCUUCCAAACAGAAGAACGGCUAUGAUGAUGGGUACAGUGUUCUUUCCAGCAGGGUCAGUCUCUGCUUGUUUUCCUUUUAGAGUGUGGAAUGAUUCUAUCUUUGAAGGUUGCAAGCAACUACAGUAGCCUGUGUUACAGGCUGAAGAGUAGUGCAUAUAUAUCUGACUGGAAACAAUUGGCCGAACUUGUACACAUAAAAAAUCCUUUCGGUUGAAGCAGAUAACAGUUUUUCUGGCUAGUUUGGUGUGAUAACUAAACAUGGGUUCGUAUUAUGGUCCUUCCUCUGUUCCUCAUCUCUCAGAGCUCCAGACUGAGUGACGAAAGCCGGUCAUACCGUUCCUCCAAAUUAGACCUGCCGUCAAUGGGUGCUGCUGCUCUGGCAUCGUAUGCGUCCUCUGACUUGUACAGCCUCAAUGGUCUUUCUUCUUCCAGAAACCCAGGUUCAUCUUUCAAUGGUUACCAGAAUUCACUGUAUGAAGAGAGCCUCUGUAGUGGGUCUCGCCGUGUCAUUGGUUCCACUUCUCACCCUCUAGAAUACAGUAGCUACCGUGGGACCAGCUCCAGAGCCUCCAGUAGGGCCAGUUCAGCCCGUGCCAGCCCAGUGGACAACUGCGGUUCAGUCGCCAGUUACCUGAGAAGUGCAGCAAGCAGCAGAGACCUAGAUGACGUCACUAUUCCUGACUUCCCCGACGUGGAUGACCGGGACUACCUGGAGAAGGGAUCUCGGGCAGCUUCGGCACUGACAGCAGGGACCCUCAUUUCACUGGGCGGGACUUCCUCUCGCAGAGGAAGUGGAGAGACGGCGAUCACUGUGGACGCAGAGACGUCAAUCAGAGAAAUUAAGGAGAUUCAUGAGCUGAAGGAUCAGAUUCAGGAUGUGGAAACCAAAUACACACAGAACCUAAAAGAAGUGAAGGAUGCCUUGGCUGAGGUGGAGGAGAAGUACCGGAAGGCCAUGGUGUCCAACGCUCAGCUGGAUAAUGAGAAAAACAACCUCAUGUACCACGUGGACACGCUCAAGGACUCAUUGAUGGAGCUGGAGGAGCUGCUGUCCGAGUCUAGACGAGAGUACGAGGAGAAAGUCAAGGAGCACGAACGAGAGAAACAAGCUCACAAGGUUCUACAGUUCCAAUUCAAUGAAAUGAAAGAGACUCUCAAACAGAGUGAAGAGCUGCUAAACGAGAUCCGCCAGCUGCGCAUCAAGCAGGAAGGUUUUACUAGAGAGAUAUCAGACCUGCAGGAGACGGUGGAGUGGAAGGAUAAAAAAAUUGGGGCCUUAGAACGACAGAAAGAAUACACAGACGCCAUCCGAACUGAGCGAGACGAGCUCAGGGAAGAGGUGGUGAAGCUGAAGGAUAUUCUGAAGAAACACGGAAUCGUCCUGGGACCUGAUCUGAACAUAAACGGAGAUCUGACCGAGACACCAAACGACGGGGGGGCCAGUGGAGAGUCAACCUCCGAACAGAUUUCACAAACGUCACCUCUAGAAGGAAACAGCAUGCUGGGAAACACGGAAGAUUUAAGGUCUGGAGAAGAGCAAGAGGAGCAGGAGCAAGGAUUGUUUCAGGGCAGACAGGACAACCAUGACAAACCUGGAGAUACAACAUCUUGUGAAAGCACAGAACUGCUCGUGGAACAGUUGUUGUUGUCAGGACAUGGUAUUGUAACCACAGGAGACAAUGAAGGUUCCCAAAUUGAGGGUCUUGAAGUGAUCGAAAAUACUGCAGAUGAAACGUCUCCUGAGGUACCAAUCGCCGAAUCACUGGGGGACAGCAACAAACCAGCACCAGAAAGACCUGUUGGUGAUUUUAACAAGGCUAAAAACUUCUUAGAAGAAGACCUAAAAGAAGGUGAACCAUGUCCUAAAUUUGAAGAGGAACCACAGAAGUCUAUCGUUGUCACAAAGACUGACCAGGGGCAGCUGCCUGUCAACAAUGAAACACAACAUGCUGCUGCUGAGGAGGUUUUGAGCAAACCUCCAAGUCAGUCUUCUGCUGGGAAAAAGAAGAAAAAGAAACGCAAAGGCAAGAAGAAAGGUGCGUCUCAGGAGGAAAAGAAGGAGGAAGAAAGCAACAGGACGGAGAACACAGAAGCAUUUGAGGUCAAGAAAGAAGGUCUUACUGUUGAAGCUGUGUGUGAGCAGCAGAGUCUUGACAGUGAGCUGAACAGUAACCCUGCAACAGAACCUGUUGAACUUGUAGACACACUGGUGGAUAACCAAAUCCAAAGUGUCCAAGGUUCCCAAACAGAUCUGGCAGUAGAUAUUCUAGAACCUGCACUUGAUUCUCAAAUAAGCCAAGCCUGUUUUGAGCAGACAGGAGAGGACAUCACAGGUGGAAAUGAUCAAGAACCCACUCAAGAAUCGCCUGAGCUGGGAGAACAAGACGUCACGGUUGGAGAUGGAGUGGAACCAACUGAAGUCUUGAGUGAUCCGACGAGUCCAGAGGAUAGAGAGGUGGAAACUUCCACAGAGAACACUGAAGUGAGUGACACGUCUGAUGGGCUGACAAGACAAGAGGCCGAGGUUGAGACAGAUGUAGAACCAUCUGAUAAGUGUCAGGUGGACCUUGUGGAGAGUGAGCCGAACGAUGUGGAGGUCAGAGAGCCUCUGAUUGCUUCUACUGUUGACAAAGAGGAGGCUCAUGAAACAAUGGCUUGCCCUCAAACUGUUCACCUGGAUGAAGGUCCUACAGAAAGAAGUGCUCUAGUGUUCAAUGAGAACAUCUCCUAUUGUGAUGUCUUAAAGAUGGGCCUCGCAGAUUUAGAUUCAGGUGGACCAGAAUUGCUACAGGAAGAGUCUCCUGUGGGUGAGCAGAGUUCGGAAAUGCUGGGAGAGGAAUGUUCUUCUGCCUCUGCUGCACUUCCUGAGUCAAAAACAGAACCAAUUGUGGAGCUGGACCAACAAUCUGACUCUGGUGUUGGACUUGUCGAUGCUGUUGAGGAGGGGUCGAAAGGUUGUGGUGAUAUUGCCAGAGAAAAUAUUGGCGAAGAUUCUCUCAUAGACUAUCUGGGUGUCUCCAGUCAGCCCACUGAAGCUCUUACGAACGGUCCUGAGGUUUCUGAAACUCCUGCCUCUGAUGGCGACCACUGCAGUGAGGUAGCACCCAUGCUGGCGUAUGAUGAUUCUCAGAAGCAAACUGAUGUGCCAGAAGAACAAGAAAAAGUUAGUGCUCACCCUGACUCAGAUGUUGUGGAUUCAUUUGAGAAACCAGAUGAAGAUUUGGCGAUAUUGGAGCGAGACAAUGCAGCUGACACUAAAACACGUGUUUCUCAAGAACUUCCCAGUCAAGCAAAAGCCCAGUGUGAUGCUCCAAAGAUGCCGACCUCGGGUCCCGAUGUGGCAACACCAGAGUCUGCCUCAUUUGAGAGCAUUACCUCUGAGGCACAGGAGUGUCUAGCUGAAGAGGCUGCUGAAGCUGAAGAAGAAAACCAGAGCAGCAAGGGAAGGAGUGAAGCAGGUUUGGAGGAGCCACUCGAAGAUGCAGCUCGGAUUAGCAGACCAGGCAAUGAGGAGGGGUGCGAUGAAGAUGAGGAGGAGGGUCAGUCUUUUGAUUUUGAUGAACUGGAUUUCGAGUCAGCGGUUGACCUCAACGACAGUCCAGAGGUGGAGGAUGCUGAGGAGGCUCUUGAAGUUCUCGCAGAGGCAAUAGAUGACAGCCCGUCCAUCAGAAGCACCACGACAGAGGAGUGGACCGAAGAUGUCGGUGGCCUGUUGGAUGGAGACUCCAAGGCCCUGCACUUGUCUGAAGAAGCAACUCUGGAAAGCAAGAAGGAGGACGUCUGUGCCGCAGAUUCACCCAGAGCAAGCAUCGCUGAAGAAACUCCUAUCAAAGUAACUGCAACAGGUUCUUGCCAAGUGGAUGACAAGACCGACACGCCUGGGUUUAGUCAUCCAGCCCACACGGGCCCCAACAAAGACGAGCCACAGCCAAAGAAAAAUAACAAGAAAGGCAAAGGAAAAGGCAGAGAGGAGUGUAAGAUGUCCUAGCCCAAUAUUUUAGUUUUUUUUAGUUAAUGGAGGUUUUAAAAUGUUCAAAACGCUUUGCACUUUUUGUUAUUGAAAGGCAAAAUCUUUUUUGUCUUCUGGCUGAAAUUCCAUGAGCAAGAGUGGAACUCUGUUUUUAUCCCUGUUUUAAUGACAUUUUCCAAAACUGGGAAACCAAAGUCAAAGCAAGGCACUUUAUCAUCUCAUUUUCAUCUUGACUCGUCCUGUAAAGUACAGCACAAUUGACAUGAUACCCCAGUGAUAUUUCCAUAACUUGAUCAAGCAAAAUCAGUGAUUUUCCAAUGUUGGUUUUCCAGUUUUUAAGUAAAAGUUGAAUUACUGUUGAGCAUGUUUUAGCUCUGUUCACAAUGUUUCCACUUGUUGGUUUCUUAAGAAUAUUACCAUUCCAAAACAUAUUAACCAGGUAUAAAAUAUUGACCGGGCACUGUCACAUGAUUCUUUUUUUUCUGUCCAAAAUAUCAAUAAAUCCACCUGUCACUCCUGAAAUGUCAAAUGAGAUUAAAUCUGAUGAGAUUUUUUUUCCUCACUAAAUUGUAGUAGUGUGUUUGUGUGCCGCCACGUUGACCCUCCUCUCCACAGUGUGUGCAUGCUAACUUCCCCUCCUCCUCCCCCCCACCUACCUGCUCACCACCGCCCCCUCAUGGAUGCCUGUUCUGUU